AUGGGUGACACAGCGAAGAGACCGAAUUUCCUGGUCAUCGUUGCUGAUGACCUCGGCUUCAGUGACAUCUCUCCUUAUGGAGGAGAAAUCAAAACUCCUACACUUGCUAAGUUGGCCAAAGAGGGUAUCCGAAUGACAAACUUUCACACUGCGUCUGCAUGCUCUCCGACUCGUUCUAUGCUAUUUUCUGGGACAGACAACCACAUUGCUGGGCUUGGACAAAUGGCAGAGUUCAUGAGGUCGUUUGGUGACUAUUUCAAAGAUAAGCCAGGUUAUGAAGGUUAUUUAAACUGGCGCGUAGCAGCUUUAUCGGAGAUUCUACAGGAUUCCGGAUACCACACAAUCAUGUCUGGAAAAUGGCAUCUGGGAAUGACAAAGGAGCUGGCGCCUUGCUCAAGAGGAUUCGAUAAGAGCUUUUCUCUCCUCCCGGGUGCUGGCAACCAUUACAAUUAUGAACCGCAACUGGAUGAUGGUGAAUUCCAAGCCCCGUGUUUGAACACGAAUGGCUUUUGGAUGGAGGGCAACGAGCAUCUUGAUAGGUCAACAGAUCUUCCCAAGGACUUUUACUCAACCCGCUCAUUUACCGACAAAAUGAUCGGUUUCCUGAAGGACCGCACGGAGGACGAAUCGCAAAAGCCUUUUUUUGCCUAUUUGCCCUAUACGGCACCGCACUGGCCUCUCCAAGCACCUCGAGAGAUUGCCGAAAAGUAUGCGGGAAUGUAUGAUGACGGACCUGAUGCCUUGACUCAGAAGCGACUUCGCCGCCUCAAGGACCUGGGACUGGUAGACGAGGAUGUGGAGCAUGCUUCCCCUGUUGGAGUCCUUGGAAAAAGCUGGGAAGAUAUGUCACCAGAAGACCGGAAGAUAUCGGCACGGAAGAUGGAAGUUUUCGCAGCAAUGGUUGAGCUACUCGAUGCUAACAUUGGUCGGGUCAUUGACCACCUUGAAUCGACGGGCGAGCUGGACAACACAUUUGUCUUGUUCAUGUCUGAUAACGGCGCUGAAGGCGCAGCUUUAGAGGCUCUUCCGCUCAUGGGAGGUGCACGAAUGAUGGGCGACAUUAUCACCAAGUACUAUAACAAUUCCCUGGAUAACAUUGGUGAACGUGACUCAUUUGUUUGGUACGGUGCUCGCUGGGCAUGUGCCGCAACAGCUCCUUCCCGAGGCUUCAAAGGCUGGGUCACAGAAGGCGGCAUUCGCUGUCCUUGUGUGAUUCGCUACCCUUCUUUCCAGGCCAACCAAGGGGCAAUCACAAACUCUUUCACUACGGUCAUGGACAUUCUCCCAACCAUUUUGGAGUUAGCCGGGGUACCCCAUCCAGGAUCACAAUUCCGUGGACGCGAAGUUGUCACUCCAAGAGGCCAAUCAUGGGUCUCUCAUCUGGAUUCUGGUGAUCUGAAGAACACUAGUGUGCAUAAGGAAGACGUCCACAUUCAUGGAUGGGAGCUCUUCGGACAGCGGGCUAUCCGCGAAGGAAAAUGGAAGGCCGUGUGGAUUGCCAAGCCCCGUGGGAAGGAAGAAUGGGAACUCUUUGAUAUUGAAGCUGAUCCUUCCGAAUUGAACGAUCUCGCCGAGAGCAAACAGGAUGUUCUUUGUCGAUUGAUCCAACAUUGGGAGCAGUAUUAUGCGGAGACAGGCAUGGUACAAACGCCAACUUUCGGAUCAAGGGGGAAGAUGUGA